AGGAAAAGAAGUGCAAAGCGGAAGUCGGCCAUAUUGGAUUGUUGACAUAGGGAACCUGUUGGAAACGGAAAGCGAAAAAUUUCUUUCUUUAUUGAGUUGAACUCACAAUUCAGAAUGCCGUCUCGAGCUGAAGAUAUCAUGAAAGGGUUUAAAUUAAAUUGGAUGAACCUUAGAGAUGCAGAUAGUGGAAAAAUUCUUUGGCAGUCCAGCGAUGACUUGUCAAGCCCAGGAGUUGAACACGAAGCACGAGUACCAAAGAAGAUUCUAAAGUGUAGAGCUGUGUCAAGAGAAAUCAAUUUUUCAUCAAAGGAGGCCAUGGAGAAGUUCAGAUUAGAACAGAAGGUUUUAUUCAAGGGAAAGUGUUUAGAAGAAUGGUUGUUUGAGUUUGGUUUUGUGAUUCCCGGCUCAACAAACACAUGGCAGAGUGUGAUAGAAGCUGCUCCUGAGAGUCAGAUGAUGCCAGCAAAUGUACUCAAUGGGAAUGUUGUGAUAGAGACAAGGUUUUAUGAUGAUGCAGUCCUAGUCAGCACCUCAAAAGUGAGAAUAUUCUAUGUUUAGUGCAGACAGAUUACUCAAAAUGAAAGACUUAAAAGAACUACUGGAAGUAGGUUCAGCAGGCGUGCUCAUUUAGUCAGUGUCUUUACUGGCAUGUAGUAUUUUUUUGUCAGGUUCUGGAAGAAAACCUGUUUAAGAUGACUUACCUUAUUGAUUUUUAAAAUAGAAUGUUGCACGUUUAAUUUUUUUCCAAAUUAAGUUUACUUUAUUCUGGAAAGUGGAUGUUCUGUGAAAUGAUUUAAUUGUUGAAACAUUUUUAAGGUUUUGGCAAAAACUGCCAUUUUCAUUGGAAAAUGAUUGCUAGGUUUAAAGGUAUAGAAAGAUUAAUGGAAUUUUUUAUUAGGCUUAAUGUCACAGGUUGAUACAUCCACAAAAAUUGUAGAAGUUAAGACCACAGAAAUAAUGCCACCGUCACAUGUUGUUUUAAAGAUUAAGUUUAUAUUUGCUACAUUGCAUUUAAGGAAAUCUUCAAAAUCAGACCUAUUUUUGAUUUUUAACCCACAACAAGUGACCAAUAAAAUGGCGUGAAAAUAUAGGAAAGACAGUGGUUAUUUGAGCUUGUCUUGAAAUUAUGAAGGGCUGUCAACUGUGCAGUUUCUUUGCAUGCAAACGGUUGUUCUGAUAUAGACAACUGUUGUUCUUGCAUAAUUGUUUUUAGCUCACAGUUGCCCCCAUGUAGUUGUAACAGGUAUAAGUGUUAAAAUGCUGAGCAUUACCAUACUUUAUAGAACGUGAAUAUUGCUGGCGACAUAUUUCAGUGCUGUAUGACAAUACCGUAGUUUGGGAUAAUUUUGCAUGUUCCAGUUUUGAACUAUUUUACCUAAAGUCAUUGUGGUUUUAUUUGGCUUUCCCAUUGUCCACUUUAUUAAGUACUAUACAAUAAAUUCUUAUGUCUGUCCUAUUACGGGAAAAUUCAUUUUUCACCUUCAAAUAAUGACAGGGAAUUUGGCCAAAUGUUUUCUUGUCAAAAAUGUCCCAAAACAUGAUAUUCUCUGUGAAAUGUACAGUGUCUAUGUUACAAUAAUUCCAGGGAAAACUCUAAAAAAACCUUUCCAUGUAUAUUAUUUAUAAUGACUGAUUGCAUUGUCUUGGUAAUUAUAUUUCAUGAUUUAUUUACUUGUACUUUGAUAGCUGUUUUUUGUUUGUUUUCUGCAGUUUUGCUUAAAGAUAUGAAAUAAUAAUGUUAAUGCAAAUGUAUUGUGUUGCAAAAUUUGAUAUUUAUUGUGAUAGGUUUGUUCUAAUUGAAAAUGUCACUUUUUAAAUUGAAAGAAACUUUGUUGAAAUUUUGACACAUUCAUUAUAUGAAAUUUGCUGUGUUUUCUGAUAUGGAGAUUAUUGUUUAUAGAUAAUUUUUUAGAAUUAGCUAGUUACAAAUUACCGCUAAAAUACUAUAAUUUUCUAAAUAGAGGCAAUUGUAUAGAAAAUCAAAAAUGAAUAUAUUGAAUUCUUACAGAAGACACUGUCAAAAUUCAUAAGAGCGACAAAUUCACACUUUCAUGUGUUUUAAAAAAAUUUUUUGCUACAGGCUCCCUAGAACACCCUUCUGUAUUUACAAUAUUUGACAGGUGAGACCCUUCAAAUGAUUUAAAGAUGUUUUUAAUUUGUUUUUAGAUAUCAACAGGGUACAGUCUAAACUAUUUUAUGAUCUUUAUGCUCUUCUGUCGUUAUUGAGUGGGUUCUUUCACAGUUGUUUUAUGUGAAAUGACUCUACCUUUUAGAUACAAAACUAACCGGUAUGUAUUUAUAAAUGAUGAAACUAUAUUAAAGCAUACAUAUUAAUCAAUAACUUAUAUUUAUAACUUGGAAUUUUAAGGUGUCACUCUGUUUGAAAUUGUGCUGUUAGAUAUGCAUCAUACUAACAGUUUAGCGUUUGCUUAAUUUUAACAGUCAUGAACAAUAAUGAAUUAUAUACUAAAUAAAAUAUUUACAAUAUAAAUUGAAAUUUUUAUUACAGCUUUUUUUUGUCAUUAUAGAUAAAAAAUCUCAAAAUAUUGGAAUGAUAUUUUCUUUAAAGUCAGGUUUACCAAAGUUCUGUGUCUUUUGUUUGAACUUGAUUGAUCAAAAUGGCUUUUUUAUUUAUUACCGUUGGUUUUAUUGUAUAUCUUUGAGUCCUUUGUUUUAGGUGAACAAUUUUUGAAAAAUAAGUAUAUUUAGAAAUGAAAUUUUUCAAUUCAGGUCAUUCUGUACUCAUAGAAAAUUAGUAUUUAAGUUUCAUCUCAAGUUGAAUUUGGUCAUAAUUGUCUCAUCAUUUAAAUUGUUACACACUAGUUUAUGAAUUAAUUUUAGACAAGUCUGUUGUAUAGAGUGUUAUGAUAUAUACCAUAGUUCUUACGAUAGCACCAACUUUGUGCAAUUUUGUAUUGUCAUUUAUAUGCACCAACUUACUUCAUAGUGGUAGAAAAGACAGGGGCAUAGAAGGCGUGAAAUCGAACAACUUUUGAAAUAAUGUCUUAUGUUUGAAGUUAAAUGGACACAAUUAAAGGGGUAGGUUUACUUAAAUUUUGAUGGAUCAUCACAACAAAAAGUUGCUCACCCUGACAAGGGGAGUUUUAUAGUAAACAAAUUUUACAUUGAUUUGAUAGCUAUGGUAGCAAUUUUAACUGCACAUCAACAUGAUCAAGGGGCAGUAUGUUUUCAUAUAAUGCUCAGACAUUUUUUUUAUCAAAACAGCGUCCCCAGACUAUUUUUGAUCCGAAAAAGUCUGAAUAGGUUAACUACCAUGUGGUACAUAAUAUCACAUAGAAAUCGGCUUAAAUUGCUUCACACUACAAAAUGAAAUUAGUGUUUCAAUGUCAUACACGUUUUUGCCUUGUAGCAAGCAAAUAAGUCAGUCCUAGUAAACUUCCUACAACUGCAUUGCUGAAUUUCAAUUUAAAAAUAUUUAAUACGGGAAAAAAAUAAAGUUGAAGACUGCAAAAAGUCAAAUAUUACCAGCUAAUACCAUAUAUGUUUUUAAGAAGCUUUUAGUUUAUUUUGAAUGUUUUUUUUUCUCUGUCCUUGGAAAUGCGUUUCUUGUCUGACUUUCAUUUUUUCUAUGCCUCAGUAAUUUUUUCUCCAACAAAAAUGUUCACUGUCCUGUAUUUUUUCUAUGAUUUAUCAACAUGUUGUGACUGUUAUAUUAUUAUCAUACUUGUUGUUAAAGAGAUACUGAUUGACUGUUUCUGUUAUCCAACACAAGCUAAUUUGUUUGUAAUAGAAGAAGAUGAAUUUGAAAAGUGAGAUAAAUUGAGACUUACCAUGAGAAAACCAACAUAAUGGCUUUGUGACCAGCAUGGAUCCAGACCAGCCUGCGCAUCCGCGCAGUCUGGUCAGGAUCCAUACUGUUCGCUAACAGUUUCUCUAAUUACAGUAGGCUUUGAAAGCGAACAGCAUGGAUCCUGACCAGACUGCGCAGGCUGGUCUGGAUCCAUGCUGGUCGCAAAGCCACUAUGUUGGUUUUCUCAUGACGCGGCUCAAUUAUCUACAGUACCUCAUACUUCUGAUAUGAAACAAAUAAGGUAAGUCUUCAAAAACUACUGACAUAGUACAAAAAAAGUUCCUAUGUUGUUGUAAUAAGAAACUGUUGUAUGUAUACAUGGAUUAUUAAGGUUGUCCCAUAACUCCCUAUUUUAUGGUGUGCCUUGUAGAACUACAUUUCCAAUUUGUUUGUGUUUUUUUUUUUGCCAUCUUUUUUUUGAAGUUGUGAAAUGAAAAUUAAUUUUGAAAUACCUUUUGCUUACUAGUAUUACAACAUUUUCUAGCAGUGUACAGGCAUACUUUUAAUUUCCAUCAGUCCCACCCAUCAUUUCAGUUAAAAGAAACCCAAAACAUUAUGUAUUUAUUUAUAUCAGUCAUUUUCUUCAGUAAUCAAAUUGACUUUUUUUGUUUAAAAAGUAUGUUGGUAGGAUUAUUUUUCAUUUCUGUGAUUUAUGUACAUGUAUAAUAUAUAUAUAUUUUUUGUUGUUAGAUUUGUGAAGAUAUGUUCCGUCCUUGUUUUGAUAGUAUUGAUAGUUUCAUUUACACUGCAAAGUGUGAUCAUGUUAGCGAGGAUACACAUUCCCACAUUUCAAAAACUCAACAUUACUGGGGUUUUUUUUAGACUAAAGAAAAAGCGGUAAGAAUUUGCCAGGCUGUUUUUGGUCAUUUUUGUAUGUUCACAAUAAUGAUAAUAAUAGAUAGAAGUUAUUUUGUUGUUUUUUCCCCAAGUAAAUUAGGAAGGACUAAAAAGUCAGAUAUUUCGUGAUGAUAAAUGUUCGCUAUAUUUAAAUUUGGAUUAGAGAAAGAAUAUUGGCGUUAUAUGGCCAGCUUGUGAGACGUAUAUUUCACUUUUAACUGAUAUGUAAAGAAGUACUUUCACAAGUGUUUAAUUUUGCAAACAUUUACAAUUAAAAGAAAAAAAAACUUUUAGAAACUUCAAAAUUUAAAGUAAUAAGUUAAUUCAAUUUUUUCAGUUGAAUUUAAAGUGUCUAUAAAAUGUAGUGUUUUUAUGAGAGAAAUGCUAUGAAUACUUCAUUACUGUUGUGAAAAAGGGCUAAUUAUUCAAAGGAAGAUAUUUUUAACCAUCAUUUUAAGAAUAAGAGAAUCUGUAGCAUUUAGGUUUUAAAAUUGAAUAAUUUUCUAUUUAAACCAGCCAAACAUUUUUAUUUGGUCUUUCAUUUAGCUAAAUCUAUGACAUUACAUUUAAAUUAUAUUGAUUUGUUAUGGAUAUAUAGCAACUACUUCAUUUGGAUAUUGGAUAUGGCUUUAAACUGUCAAAAUCCCUGGGAGAAAAUAUUAUUGCCUAGGAUGAGAAGAAUUUACUUUGUUAAAGACAAAUGUGCCCAGUUUGUGAGAGCUCUUAGUUUAAGAAGUCUUUGUUUAUGAAAGGUGGUCAAAAUGAUUUUGGUCAUCAAAUCUUUUAUGCUUAUUUAUAUUCAUUGAGUGCAUGCUGGAGAGAGUUUUUUUUCUAAUUAAAUCUCUUAACGUGGUUUUCCAACCAAAAAAAACCCCCAAAGUUUUCUAUUCAAAGCAGAAGUAUAAAUUUAAUCAUUAUUCUUUAUGGUAUACAUUUAAAAAAAAAAAUUACUUUGAAAAUUACCAGAUGAGCAGCAAUUCAAUGCAUCAAGUUUAUAAAAGUAUAAGUUAUUACCUCCCUUUUGUUUCAACGGGGAAAAAAAUGAAAAUGAAUUAAUUCUAAAUCAAGCAGUUUUGAAACCUUUAUACAUUUUUGGUUUAGAUUAUUGAAAUACCCCAGUUGUACCAAAAUCCAUAGAUACAAAAAUAAUUGAGAUUUCAUUUUCACCAAAAAAAAUUAAAUGAGCUCCUUUUGUAAUCGAUGUUGUAGAUACUUCAUUUAUAAAUUGGAUAUACUAGUUUUAUGUUUUAACAGGAUGAUAUAUCCAUUAUGUAUUGGGAGAGAGAUGUGGUCCAAGUUUCAUUCAGAUGUAUGAUUUGUCAUUUUUUAUUUAAUAAUAAAUACUUGAAACUAUAA